GAGAAAGAGGGAGGGGCCGGUGGGGGAGAUACACGCGCGCAGGCUCUAUCUUUAACGACACUUUACACGUCUUAUACGUACACUACAUAGGUCGAGAAACUAUGGCGUUUACACCCUAUGUCGUGCACUACGUAGUGAAAAAGGACAGCCGAAAUAAUAUCUCCGUAGUGCCCUAAAUUGUGUGAUAGCCGGGUGCUCGUUAUAUACAGCAGUGCGCGUGCGGAGCGUGAAAAGACAUUUUCCUCCGAGACUCACACUAACAGCGCCGCCGGUUGUGCAGCAAGCGGCUAUGUGCACGAAGCACUGGGUAGAAAAUGAGGAUCGGACGUGAGCUACGUGCGCAUCCGGGAGCAGACGACAUGAAAUGGAGAGCUCUGACAGUAGGGACUUGUUAAAAGAAAGCUCUUCGUCUCACGGACCCGAUAGCGUUUGUCCCGAGCGGAAGGAAACGGCCUGCGGCAGCUCUGCAGCCGCAACCAUGGGCCUGGCCACUUGCUGCAGCCCAUCUGCCCCGGCCGAGCUCCUGGGGGGUAUACCGCUCAAAUCCGGAGUCUCUGCUCUAAAGCAGGAACCGAAGACCAACGGUGAGGUGGUAUCAUCACUGGAGGUUCGAGGUGGGAAGUACAACGGAUUUCCUUUACAAGCAGAUUCCUGCAGGCAGAAGAAUGGACCCAGUGAGACGCCCAAAGGUCCAGCCGUCUGCACCCUGCGGCCAACUGACAGCUCCACCCUCCUUGUGAAGCGAUCAAACGGAGAAUUGAAAUGCAGAAGUCAGCGAUUGAGAGAUGAUGAGAUCAUCUACGGGGCUUCAGAUGAAGCCCGAGCGGAUUUGGGGUCACCGAAGCAUCCUGAAGACCUCAGACCGCCUCCCGACUGCAAAAGGAGACGGCUAGAAAAUGACUCUAAAACAGAAAAGGUGAAAAGCACACUGUCCACAGGGCCUUUCACAGGUAACAGCCAGCACACGAAUCACUGUAGCAGCUCGAAGGAUGCGUCUUCUCCUGAAGGAGUCCUUCAGAAUGGGCACAGUGUGGUGGUCCAGACCCCAGGUCCGGCUGGGGUGCCCUCUGUCCCGCCGGCGGGAGGAGUUGCAGCCACCUGGUCCAUGGAGAGUAUUGCCCAGCUCUACAUAGUGCCUUGUAUGAAAUACUAUGGCAUCUGUGUUAGGGAUAACUUUCUGGGCCCAGAACUGGGUGAACGGGUGCUGCAGGAGGUGGAGAUGCUGAAUCACAGUGGGAAGUUUUGUGGAGGACAGCUGGUGAGCCAGAGGAGCAUCCCAUCUAAGAACAUCCGUGGAGAUCAGAUAGCCUGGGUGGAGGGUGGAGAGCCUGGCUGUGAGGCCAUUGGUGUUCUCAUGGCUCAUGUUGACGAAGCCAUCAUGCACAGUUCAGCAAACGGCCAGCUUGGGGAAUAUGUAAUUAAUGGCCGUACUAAGGCUAUGGUGGCGUGUUACCCUGGCAACGGCACGAAAUACGUGCGUCACGUGGAUAAUCCAAACGGAGAUGGACGCUGCAUUACCUGCAUCUACUAUCUGAAUAAGAACUGGGAUGUGAAGGUUCAUGGAGGAUUACUGCAGAUCUACCCCGAGGGCCGAAACGUCGUCGCGAACAUCGAGCCAUUCUUUGACCGCCUGCUUGUUUUCUGGUCAGACAGGAGAAAUCCUCAUGAAGUGAAGCCGGCCUUCUCUACUCGAUACGCCAUCACAGUUUGGUACUUCGAUGCAAAAGAGCGAGCCAAAGCCAAGGAAAAGUACAGACUAGCUAUGGGACAGAAGGGAGUCGAAGUGCCCGUCAGUCGAGCAGAUAAUAAAUAAAUCCUCAUCAGCUCAGGCAUCCCGGUGUGUCCUUCCAAUGUAUGUGCCUACCCAUGCUGCUGUCUGAACAACCGAUUCAAUAGGAAGACACAAGGAACAGGUCAACCAAUAAAGCUAAUGCAGGCAACAAUAACAAAAAAUAUCCCUACUCCUGUCAGCCUGGGACUGACCAUUCAGAUAAACUUCAGUGUGAAUUUCUGGCCGUUGGAUGGAGAAGAGUUUAGGCUAAUUACGCGCAGAAGAUGCCUGCUGAAUGGAGGAGCAGUGACUCUGUCAGUCAGAUUCAGCUUGGCCACUACUGAAAAGCUUAAACUUGAGAAUAUUAUGCAAAUAAAAUUGCCAAAAUGUAUUACAAAAUGA